UUUUCAUUAUACUCGAAUUUUCCCGCUCAACGCGGAAAUCCAAACGUUCUUGGUUCAGCGACGGUAACCAUAGCAACGGCGAAUAUGGCGGGUAAACAAAGUGAUGAGACUAAUGAAGUAGGUCCGGGAUACGGGCUGAAUCAAUGAGUUACCCGCUUCCUACGUCGAUAUGACACGCUGGAGGUAACAGGACGCCACCGCCUCCCGCACCUCCUUCGGCCGAAGCAACAUGCCGGCCAACCCACAGCAGCCAGGGGCGCCUCAGGGACAGGCAGGGGCACCUCCUGAUGGGGAAGAGGGGGGGAAGACUCCCUCGGGGGAAGCGCAGGCGUCUCCACCAAAGAGCCCUGAGAAGAAAGGAGGAGAUAAAGGGAAUAAAAAGAAGAGCAAGAAGAAGUCUUCCAAGGAGUCGGGAGGAGGUCGCGUUCACGUGGACAUUCUGGGCGAAACGGCGAUGCGCAAUGCUCUCUUCAUCUGUCACAGCGUGCAGGAGCUUCUCUUUUGGCGCGGAUACCAGUGGGCGCCAGGAGGCAAGAAGCAGAAGGGCAAGAAAGGAAAGAAAUGAGGAGCUGCUGAUGGAAUGAUUCGUUGUAAAAAGAGCGUGAUGAAAAUUUAACACGGGUGUAUAAUUAACAUCAGAAUGGCGUAAUUGCGAUAAGGCUGUAAAUCUGGAAACGCUGAAUGCAUAUCUUGCACUCACCAGGGGAAAUGUACAGGGCUAGGAAUUAGGCGGACCGAGGCACUAAGAUGUUCAAAAAAGCUGUAUUAGAUUAUGUAUAUGUGGCUCUCCAUUAAGUGUUAAUGGAGAAUAUGGCUUUAGAACGACUGUAGUCCCCCUCGAUUGCUUUUAGGCCUAGAACGCUGACAAAGUAGAUAUGUUACAAAAGGAAGAGCGUGUGCAAUUGGUUCUGUAUUGCAACGAAACUCUUACUUUAAUAUAUUUCAGAAUAUAACAUCAAAUUUAGACUCCGUAGCUAUUAUUACUCACGCCUUAAUCCGGCCCUGAAUAUGUACAUGGGCAUUAUGCAAAUGUGAUUUAAACUACGAGUAAGGAUGAACUGUUGACACAAUUUAUUUGUUGUGAAGUAAAUUUAUUUAAGGAUUCUGGUUAUCAUGAGAUAAUCAAAAAAUAAAAGAUAUUAUUG